UAAUAACAAUAUUACAGAAGAAGGUUGUGUUGCUUUGACUUCAGCGCUUAAUUCAAAUCCUUCAAACCUGAUCGAACUGGAUCUGAGUGGAAAUAAUUUAAGGAACUCAGGAAUGAUGAGGAUCUGUCCUCUGCUGAAAAACGCAAAAUGCAGAUUGAAGAAACUGAAAUUUUCGAACUGCAGUAUUUCUGAAGAAGGUUAUAAAGCUCUGGCUUCAGCUCUGAGAUCAAACCCUUCACACCUGAUAGAGCUGGAUCUCACAGGAAAUGAUCCUGGACAAUCAGGAGUGAAGCAGCUCAGUGAUUUACUACAGGAUCCAAACUGUCAGCUGAAGACACUGAGGUUUUUGGGUUCUGCUGCAGAUGAAGCCUGUCAGUAUGUGACUGGAAUUGUGGGUAAAAACCCGUUACUCCUGAGAGAGCUGAAUCUGAGUGAACGUGAACUAGGAGACACACGAGUGAAUCAGAUCGCUGCUCUACUGCAGGAUAAACACUGUAAACUCAACACACUGAAGCUGAAUAAUAACAAUAUUACAGAAGAAGGUUGUGUUGCUUUGACUUCAGCGUUUAAUUCAAAUCCUUCAAACCUGAUCGAGCUGGAUCUGAGUGGAAAUAAUUUAAGGAACUCAGGAAUGAUGAGGAUCUGUCCUCUGCUGAAAAACGCAAAAUGCAGAUUGAAGAAACUGAAAUUUUCAAACUGCGGUAUUUCUGAAGAAGGUUAUAAAGCUCUGGCUUCAGCUCUGAGAUCAAACCCUUCACACCUGAUAGAGCUGGAUCUCACAGGAAAUGAUCCUGGACAAUCAGGAGUGAAGCAGCUCAGUGAUUUACUACAGGAUGAAUGCUGUAAACUAAAGUCCAUCAGGUUUUUGAAAAGUCCUGCUGCACAGAAAAUGUGUGAGUAUCUUACUAAAGUUCUGGGUACAAGUCCAUUAUUAGUGAAAGAACUGGAUCUGAGUGAAGAUAAAUUAGGAGACCUGGAUGGGGAGAAACUCUCUGCUCUUUUGAUGGACUCUCAUAGCAAAGUGGAGAAAAUGAAGCUGAAUAAUUGUGAGCUGACAGAGAAAAGGUGUUCAGUUCUAGCUAUUGUUCUCUCCUCCAAAACCAUCCUGAAAGAGCUGAACCUGAACAACAGCCGUCUGCUGGACUCAGGAGUCAAAGAGAUCUGUGAGGGACUGAAGAAUCCUGUGUGUGAGCUGAAGAUACUCAAACUUUCAAACUGCAGUAUCACUGAAGAAAGUUAUAAAGCUCUGGCUUCAGCACUGAGAUCAAACCCUUCACACCUGAUAGAGCUGGAUCUCACAGGAAAUGAUCCUGGACAAUCAGGAGUCAAGCAGCUCAAUGAUUUACUACAGGAUCCAAACUGUCAACUGAAGACACUGAGGUUGUUACAAAAUCCUGAUGCAGAUGAAGCCUGUCAGUAUGUGAUUAAACAUCUGGGUAAAAACCCAUUACUCCUGAGAGUACUGAAUCUGAGUGAAUGUGAACUAGGAGACACACAAGUGAAUCAGAUCAGCGCUCUACUGCAGGAUAAACACUGUAAACUCAACAUACUUCAGCUGUGUAAUUGUGGUCUAACAGAGGAAAGCUGUUCAGCUCUUGCUACAGUCCUGAGUUCAAACCCCAGUCUGAAAGAGCUUGACAUGAGCAACAAUAAUCUGCAGGAUUCAGGAGUGAAGAAACUCCAGAACGGAUUAGAAAAUACAAACUGCACACUGCAGAAACUUGGACUUGCAAACUGCAGUAUCACAGAAGAAGGUUAUAAAGCUUUGGCUUCAACUCUGAGAUCAAACACUUCACACCUGAUAGAGCUGGAUCUCACAGGAAAUGAUCCUGGACAAUCAGGAGUGAAGCAGCUCAAUGAUUUACUGCAGGAUCCAAACUGUCAACUAAAACUGAGGUUUUUGGGUCCUGCUGCAGAUGAAGCCUGUCAUUAUGUGACUAGUAUUGUGGGUAAAAACCCGUUACUCCUGAGAGAGCUGAAUCUGAGUGGACAUGAACUAGGAGACACACGAGUGAAUCAGAUCACUGCUCUACUGCAGGAUAAACACUUUACACUCAACACGCUGAUUCUUCGUAGAUGCUGUAUUACAGACAAACGGUGUCUCAUCUUGACUUCAGCUCUGAAAUCAAACCCAUCACACCUGAGAGAGCUGGACCUCAGUUUGAAUCAACUAAAAAACACAGGAGUGAAUCACUUAUGUGACUUACUAAAUGAUUUACACUGUAAACUGGAGAGAUUGAGGUUAAGGUACUGUGGUAUAACAAAUGAAGGUUGUUCUGCUCUGACUUCAGCUCUGAAAUCAAACCCAUCACACCUGAGAGAACUGAACCUCAGUGGAAAUGAACUAGGAGACUCUGGGUUUGAUAACCUCAGUCAUCUACUGAUGAAUCCACAAUGCAAGCUGGAAAUACUAGCUCUGUGUGGAUGCAGUAUUAAAGAGAAACAGUGUCUCAUCCUGACUUCAGCUCUGAAAUCAAACCCAUCACACCUGAGAGAACUGAACUUGCAUGGGAAUGAACUAGCACAAAUGGGAGUGACAUACCUCAGUGAUCUACUGAUGAACCCACAAUGCAAGCUGGAAAAACUAGAUCUGUGUAGAUGCGGUAUUACAGAGAAACUGUGUCUCAUCCUGACUCCAGCUCUGAAAUCAAACCCAACACACCUGAGAGAACUGAACCUGAGCUGGAAUAAACUAGGAGACUCUGCAAUUGAAAAACUUGGUCUUCUGCUUAGCAGUUCACAAUGCAAGCUGGAAAAACUACAUCUGUAUGAUUGCAAUAUUACAGAGAAACAGUGUCUCAUCCUGACUUCAGCUCUAAAAUCAAACCCAUCACACCUGAGAGAGAUGGACCUCAGUAGGAAUCAAAUAAAAAACACAGGAGUGAAUCACUUAUGUGAUGUACUGAAGGAUUCACGCUGUAAACUGGAGAGACUGGGUCUAAAUGAUUGUGGGAUUACAGAUGUUACUGCUUUAACUCAGUCUUUGAGUGAGAAUAAUGCAUUAAAGUUUCUAAAGGAACUUGAUCUGAGAAACAAUAUGAUAGGUGACUCAAUGAAGAAGCUCAGUGAUACAAGACUCAAAUUGUGAAAUCAGAAUAGACAGUGAGCAGACUCAGAUCAGAAGUCAUCUAAACCUCAUUGGUGGAUGGUUUACAUCCUGGUCUAAUGCUUAGGAUCCUGAAAAAUCAACAGGACCAGACCUGUUAUAAUCAGAUCAGGAUCCUCAGAAGGUUCUUACCAUAGUACUGUAAUAAAUUAAUAAUGUGUGAUGAUGUGAUGUCUGUAAGCAAAAUCUAAAAUGUUCAUUACAUAUUCCAAAUAUAAAACAAAAAAUGAAAAUCAGUAUUGGUAUGUUUUAAAUCUUUGAGAAUGGCAGAACAGAUGUUGUAGGUGAGAUGUUGUUAUAUAGAAAUAAAAGGAAACACUAAACCUACAGCUAUUAUGACUUCAGUCUGUUUAUAAGCACAUACAGUAUAUUUAUUUGGUAAUCAGUUUAAACAGCUUAAAAUAGCACUGCUUUAACAAAUGUAAAGUUUAUUAUACUGGCUCUUAU